UGUCUGACUUUCCAACUUUCGUUCCGCACAACAGGUACGGAUGGGACUCAUCAGCAUGUUGGCCUCGUGUAGUUUCCUGCCCUGAUGACAUCUGAGCAGUGUAGGUCCAGCUACAACGUAUCACCACGCCUGCCCUCUCAUCCACGAGACUUCCAACAGCCUUACCCCGCCCCGUGUCCGACAACGAUGCCCAACCUUCCUCCUCCGUCUCGACAGUCCCCUCCGAUAUCACCGUCGAACCCGCCUUCGGCCCCCAGCGAUCUCGGCCCGACACUCCCCGAGGGUAAUCCCGAACCAGAACCAUCGAACGAGGCGUCCAUCUUGAAAGAGAACAAGGAUGUCUGGAUAGAGUCGCCUAAGAGCUUCUUCGCAUCUGCGCCUAUUCAUGUGGACACAUACACUUGCUCCGACCCGCAGCUCGCAGUAGCUGGGACGAUUGCGUUCAGAUUAAGAGCUGGAGAGUUCUAUCGGUGUCGAUUAACAUGGGGACAACGAGGAAAGACAGCCUUCCUAAACCAUGUGGCCAAGUACAACCCCAAGUUGUCUCGGGUUGACUACGACAAGUGGAUGAACUUUGGCAAAACUACAGAAAUCAUCUCCCAAAACUGUAUCGCCGGUACCAUUGUAGCGAGCAGCUGUCUAUCGUUGCGAGAUUCAAGAUAUCGUAUGGUCCCACUAAAUAAAAAGAACAAGCAACACAUUAGUUUCCUCGAAGAGCUCUGUAAACCAGAAAUCCGACGUCUUGCAGCUAGAUUUCAAGACCUCGAACAAGCGUUGGCAAAGUACAUCUUCAGGGCAUACAGUGGUCUGAGGAAGCGAGGAAUCAAAUCUCGUGGUUACGACCAGCUGCAAGACUUCUCCUUACAGCAAGCCCUUUACGUCGGCUCUAGAUGUGAUCCACUUCCAGCUGAACCGUGUCAAGAUACGGUUAUCGACUCGUUUUCUCACGACCCCACGCUCGACAACAUAGGCAGAAACGGCCCUGUCGGUGAGGAGCAGCUGCCCUAUCCAGAUCAACAGCCACAGGCAACGGAGGAAUGCAGCAAAAUCCUGACUCCUAUCUAUGUUUCUGGGCAGUCACAUGAGGGCGGCGCAUAUCCCAUGAGUGGACAUUUGCAAAACGACGUACAGCAAUUUGAGGGCGUUACAGGACAACCAUCACAACAACCGCCACAACCAGUUACCUCAUUCUCUUUUGCGCAUGAUACCUGUCCAAUAAGUAUGUUGUUGUUGUUGUUGUUGUUGUUGUUGUUGUAUUUAACGCCAUGGCGGCAAGGUUGGAACCCUUGUCGCAGACCUCCCGAAGGGUAUGUGGCGUGGAGAGCCGUGGGCUAGGACUAUGUACUUCAUACAUCGCCCUUCCUUUCGUCCUCCAAAUCCUGCCUGAUGGCUACUAUGCCUUCUAUCUGUCCCUGGUUCCCGCUGGUUCCCCAGUUUCAUUGCUUCCCGUCUAUUUCCCUUUAGGGGUUGAGUU